GUGAAACACCACACACACCACCUUUCUCCCAUUUGUACAUAAAGUGGCGUAAACCCCUUUGAACCGGUUCACCACGCAAAGUCCAAGAACUCGCCGAAGAAAAAUAAAAUAAUGAUCGACGGAGGAAGCACGUCGGUCGCCGUCGUGUACUCCGACGGCAGCCGCGAGAUCAACGUCGGCACCGUUGCGGUGGACCCCACGCUCAAUUUCAAGAGCCUCCUCACGCUCCUCAGCCAGCGGAUCGGGAUCUCGCCGCACCAGUUCUCCGUCUACCUCGCCGCCGUCGGUACCGACCGCAAGAUUCCGGUCACGGCGAAGCUCAAUCUCGCCACUGUGCGCCGCGACGGCGCCACUCACUACUUCUUCGUGAAGCGCUCCAAGCGCAACAAGAAGGCGAACGGAAACGGAAAGGACGCCGCAAAGAAGAAUCAUCAUCAUCCUCGGCCGGAGAAUGUCAUUCUCCUCCGCCGCGCCGCCGCCUCCGCUGUCAGAGAUCCGCCGCUUGUGCCGCCGAUUCUGAAUCCCGCGCAGUACGAGAGAAGGCUGAUGACUUUGCAGAUCGAGAGACAGUCUUAUCUGAUGAACAUGAAAGUCGGAGUCAACGGCGGCGCCGCUGAAAGAGAAUUUUCAAACACCUCCACCGCCGCCGUCACCGCCGCGUGCGACGGAUGUUCAAAGGCAAAAAUCACCGGAAUUAACGGCGGCUUUCACCUCUGCGUGCACGACGCAGUAACGGUAGGGUUCCGGUCACCGGCGGGACCGAUUACACGGCCGGCGAAGACCGCCGGCGAAGCCGGCCCUUGAAUUCUGGAGGCAGUUGUGUUUUGUUUCGUUUCUCUCUUCAAGAAAGAGAAAGAAUUGUGCAUAAGAAAAAAAAAAACAAGGAGGAAGGGUUAGUGAUCACGUGCGGAGGGGUAUACGAUAAGCGAAAGAGAGCUUAUUUUCACACUUUGGGGCGUGAAGCGGUGAAUGAAAUUUUAUCUAUUGGAAGCGUGUGAAGCAGUAAUGUUCAAGUGAUGUUUUUGAAGGGUCGCCCUCUCUUUCCGCACUUUAUGGGGGAGAUUGAUCAUUUUAACUUUUCAAGUCUCAACUUUAGACGUUGAUUUCAUUAUAAAUUAAAUUGAAAAUUUUAAUUACUGUCAAUGA